AUGAGUGGCAAGUCAAUCUCGAACCUGCCAUGCGAUGACCCCCAAUGCUUCUGUCACCUUCGUCCCCCUAAGCCUUUUCCAAAAAUUGAAGCCGUGUUGUCUGGCUCGGAGCCCGAUCAAGUCCGCGAGUUGCAUCAGCCAAAUGCGCAGCUCGAUGUUGCCUUCGAUGUGGUCGGAAAUACAAUGACAUUGAAUGAAUGCGUCUUUGAUCCUUCGAGGCCUAAGAUCGCAUACUCUGUCGGUCUGAUAAUCAAGGCCGCAAACGUUCACUUCUUGAACCUCGAAGGGCUUCCGGAUCACUCGCUGCUUCUUUCUCUAAGAAUUCGUCGUUCAGCAUGUGCCGUGAGAGGCAACAAGAUGAUUCUGAAGGAAAAGUUCAAUGGAUACUUUCCUGAUCCUCCAUAUAGCCGUCUGUUCAACGAUCUGUUCGAGUGUCGUUGGCCCGACAAGACUCUUCAGAUCCGCUUGCCUGAGGAGAGAUGCCGGCGCUGGAAGACUGUGGCAUUGAUCCUAAAGACUUUCAAGCAGAUCACACCAGACAGCUAUUGCCAUAUGGCGAACAUGAUGUUUACUCCCCGCGUGGGAGGUUUAGAUGUGCGCCAGACCAAAAAGGACAUCAAGGCACAGCUUGAAAAGGCCAAUCAUGAGCGACGGAAGAACCCUGUAUCGUCUGAAUACAUGGUCACCGUCAAUGACGAGGAGAAAAUCGAGAGGAUCAAUCACGCAUACGAGGUUCAUCUUCUCGCUUUUAUCUACAGCUCAUCGCCGUUCACGCCUCCACAGUACUUUUAA